CGGGGCAUGAUCAACAUCCGCAAUGCAGAACAACCAAAAAGAACAUCUCUACAAAAUCCUAGUAAUCGGUGACUUGGGAGUGGGUAAAACGAGCAUCAUCAAACGUUAUGUUCACCAAAACUUCUCUCCGAAUUACAGAGCGACUAUCGGAGUGGAUUUCGCUUUGAAAGUUUUGAAUUGGGAUACAGAAACUAUCCGGCUUCAGUUGUGGGACAUAGCAGGUCAGGAGCGAUUUGGGAACAUGACCCGGGUCUAUUACAGGGAGGCUAUGGGUGCCUUCAUCGUCUUUGAUGUGACCAGGCCAUCCACAUUUGAAGCGGUCACAAAAUGGAAGGAAGACUUGGACUCCAAAUUGACUCUUUCAAAUGGCAAGAACAUCGCUGCAGUGCUGUUGGCCAACAAAUGUGACCAGGGCAGGGAUGUGUUGACGAACAACGGCAUCAAAAUGGACCAGUUUUGCAAGGAGAAUGGAUUUGUGGGCUGGUUCGAGACCUCUGCCAAGGAGAACAUCAACAUUGACGAAGCAGCCAAUUGCUUAGUGAAGAAUGUUAUCGCCAACGAGAACGACCUCCUCCAGUCGGAAGUACCCGACACGAUUUCACCGGAGCUGAGCUCGACAAGAAACGGCACCUGCUCCGCCUGCUUCAAAUCAUAGAGCUCUCCGGAAAAGCCACGGCAAAGGGGGAAGGAUGUGUGCUGUGAGACCGGUGCCUCAGAACAGGGCAUGAGCUACACCCACGACUGUCCCAUACCCUCAGGCUACAGUCAGCGGUCAAUAAGCAAAAUCGAAUGACAAAACACGCAACUACAUGUGUGUGCAUGUGUGUGUAUAUUUAUCCUCCUGAGACCCCUGAAGGAGGACUCUCAAGAACCAUAUAAUCUGCGGUGGUGAAAUCUACUUGACAAGGGACAUUCAAUAGCAAUAAUAAUAUAUAAAAAUAAAAUAAGUAACAUGGACACAGACAUUACUUUAUCCGUCACCUUUUCCCACAUCACUAUCGUUGUUAAAAUUACCACCAUAAUGUUCCCAAACAGGGAACUUAGAGGAUAACAAUAUAACAAUUCCAACUUAUCCAGGCUUAGACGAGAUGUUCAAUUUCAUUUUUGUGCAUUUACUUGCUCAAUUUCUAUACAUGUGCAGGGAAAAAAAAGUCUGGGUAAAUCGGAGAAAAGGUCCCAGAAUUUGGGUGCUUUCCUUUAAACUAUGUUUCUCUCAUUUCCAUUUCAUAAAUAGUCCAUGAUCAAAUAGAAAUGGGCAAUUCACCUUUAUAUGACAAAUUUUAAAAAAAAGGUUAACAUUUUUUAGUUAUUCAUGUUUUUACAUUAAACGUUGCAUCUGUAACACACACACACACACACACACGCACAAAGAUAACAGUUUACGGCUUUGUUGCCUUCUCCUCUGAUAUGGUUUCAUGUUUAUAUGACUUGACUCUAUGGUAUGACACUACUGAACAGUUACCUAUAAUGUAUGAAUGUGAAAAAUGUAAAUUGUAAAUUUGCGAGUGUAAUUAUAUAUUAUCAUGUGAUGUGAUGUAAGCACAUAUGGUAUAGGACACUAAAGAAGAGGUUAAAGACUGUUUCUCAUCUGUAUAAUGAAAAUGAAGAGUCUCUGUGGCUACUUUUAUCAAUUUCCUGCUGCUCAAGAAUGCCAAAUACUAAACCUAAAAAACAAAACAAUUGUUAAAUAUUUUGUACAAGAUGAAGCACCACAGAAGAAAAAAUUUUAGAAGGCAAAGGUUGAAUAAUUAGGUGUCCUUGCUCACUAACAACUGACAGUUUGCUAGUGUCUCUAAUUUAUUCUUGUACUUAUUUUUGCUGUCUAAGGUCAGCGUCAUGUGACAUGCCAGUUUAUGGCUUGUCGCUUUGUUAUGCAGCUUCCUGAUGUCUCCGUAUCCAUGGAUACUGACUAAUGAGUAAGCAGGUGUCUACUGAGCGAGUGUAUAUUCUCCUCUGGGAGUUGUCAACAUUCUCUCGUUCUGAGGUGAAUUGUGUGGAAAAAUCACUUGGGGGUAAUGCCUUGAGCGCAGAUCAAACAUACACAAUAUUCCUUCAACAGCACCAAUCUGGAGAUGGUAACGGAUUGUGCUUGUGUUUUCCCCACUCACCUCCACCAAGCACCAGCCAUACUUCAUGCCAUCCUGAGGGCCUCUGCAAGUAUGUAUUAGAAUGUGUCAUACCCAUUAAUAUUUGAUAUUCUGUAUUGAACUGACCAGAUAUGUUCUGUACUUCCCACAGUAUUGAAUAAAUUAAAGAUUCAUUUUCUGACAAGUUUACAAGAUAUAAUCAGUGAGGUACCCUUAGUGGUGUAUUGUUAACGGCCAAAUUAUACAGAGUAAGAAAGCGUGAUGGCCUAAAAUAAUUACUAGUGGUGCCCUUUGAAAUGGGAGCUUUGCCACAUGGUUAAUGAUGCAAGUUGCGUUGUUGCCUGCAGCUCACAGUACAGAGGUAUUUGUCUGUGAGAGGAACAGCAGGUCCAGCUCUGACAGAACCCGGCUUAGGAAGCUGUGAUUCUAGCUGAGAUCUCCAGCCUGCUGACCCAGAAUGGGAAUCACUUCUGCAUCUCUCCCAGCACACUGCUUCUCCAAAUUGUCGAUGACUCAUGCAGCUACAAGUCUUUCAAGUGUCUCAGUCCACUUCCUUGUACGAAAGCCUUUUAGUGACCAAAUCCAAUUGCGUCAAAAAGAUUUUACGCUGCAUGCAUGCUUAUGGUUGAGGUCAGUGAAUCUUUGGUGUGAUAUUGUACACAACUACAUUUAUUUUUUAAGACGUAUUUAACCCUCCUGUGACAAUAUGCAAUUUGAAUUGUAUUCUUUAUUAUUUUUGACUGGUGAUGUUAUGGUUAUAUAUGGUGAUAUGGUUGUUACACUAGAUUCCACAUGGCUACAAUGUAGUCUUAAUGUGCACAUGUGCAGUUGUGUGGAGUUUAGAUCACUAUAAUAUAAAGCUUUUUAAAUUUAUCCAAGAAAUGUUUUGCAUAAUUUUCAUGGUAUUUGUUGUGAACAUGAAUUAAUAAUAUUAAUGUACAUAAAUAUAUUUAGCCAAUAUGUAAAAAAAACUUUAGAGAGGGGGCACAAUAAACACAAUCUUGCUAAUUA